AUGAAAUAUAUAGUAAAACCAUUCUUUCUAGCUGGUCUUCGCGAGGCCAUUGUGAACUACUUGACGAGAUUCCAAGUAGCGAUUAAACAAUUGAAAACGGAGGGCAUUGAAGUCAUCGGUUAUGCCCGAAAGUCUGUCGGUGAUGAAAGUGGCGAGAAGAGACUACAACUUGUACAGGCCAUGGUUAAUAAUCUCAUCAGCCGAUCACUGGCCGACAAAGUAUAUGUGUCCAUCAGCAGCCAUGCUUCCGCACCAUUGGCAAGCAGAGAUUUGGCUGAGCAACCCAUCUUCAAAGAUUUGCAGCAUGUAGAAGGAUCGACCCAGGAUCUUCUCGAAUAUAUUAAAUCUGCUGAAAAGGACAUUUGCCUGGUGUCGCUUGACUUCGCGGGAUUAUCGACGUCUCCAGUGGAAAUCCAGAAAUUGACUGUGUAA